AUGACUUCGAAUAACACCAUGAACACUACACAAACUAUAUCUCACAUCUCAUAUUCCAGUGUUGUUAACACGUUUAAACAACCAACAAAAGACGAAGCCAUAGUUCUUUCUAGUAUUGAAGGAACCAAAGUUCAAGAGUACAUCAUAGCCGUCGGUUCAAUAGUUGGACCACGUAACGUAUCUUUCGCUUCCAGAAUAGCCAAUAAUAGAAUAUGUAUAUAUCUCUCUUCUAAAAAUAUGGUUGAUUCAUUGCUGCAUUCCCACAAAUACGUCAAUAUAAAAGAAACUCAAGUAGAAAUAAGAAGACUUAUCACUCCAGCUCAAAGACUGAUAAUAUCAAACGCUGGUCCUUCUGUUCCAACCACGUUAAUUGAACAAGAACUACGUAAAAUGAGUAUAAGCGCCGUCUCUAAAAUGACUUUUCUUAGGGAAACAGAAUGUCCUGACUAUGCUAAUACAAUCACUUCUAAUGCAACCACUUCUAAUACAACCAAUCUUGACUCAACCAAUUCUAAUCCACCCACUUCUAAUACAACAAAUCCUGACCCAACCAAUUCUAAUCCAACCACUUCUAAAGCUCUUCCAGAAACCUCCCAAAACACACAAUAUAUAACAAAUCUACCUUAUAACCAAACAGAACAAAAACCUUCUGACAAAGCCUUAAUAUCCACCUCUAACGAUCACCCAGCAUCUUCCCAAAAUAUAUUAGAUCAGAUCCCAGACGUACAGGUCUCUAAUAACCAAUUAGAAUCUACCAUAGAAACUGACGACAUGUCAAGACCUACAAAUAAUACAAAUGAAACAAACACUUUAAAAAUAACAACAUCAUCAACUUCCAACAAGAUCAGCAAUCUUACUCCAUUAGAAAUAACACAACCUAAAAUUAUUCCAAACGUCACAAAACAUCCAAAAAGGCUCAUCUUAUCGUCUCCAGAAAUCAACGAAAAUACCACACAGACCGAUUCUCAUAUCUUCACUUCUCCAAGUAUCGCGCCAAAGUUAGGCCACACACAGUACAAUAAUGUGUGUAACGGUUGCGUUCGGUCACAAUGA